AGGAAGGGCGCGGCGGGGCCUAUCUGCCAGUCUUGGGGGACCCCCUAUGUGGGAGCUGAGCUGCCUUGCAGAGUGGUCUGCACCCGGCUUGAAGUUUUUGGAACUCUGAAGGAUAUAGCAGUCAAUAUUGUCUUAACAUGCUUCAAAUAAAUCAGCUCCUCUCCAAGAUAAAAUGGCAAAUCCCAAAGAGAAAACUCCAAUGUGUCUGGUAAAUGAGCUAGCCCGUUUCAAUAGAGUCCAACCCCAGUAUAAACUUCUGAGAGAAAGAGGGCCUGCUCAUUCGAAGAUGUUCUCAGUACAGCUGAGUCUCGGUGAGCAGACCUGGGAGUCGGAAGGGAGCAGCAUAAAGAAAGCCCAACAAGCUGCUGCUAAGAAAGCUCUGACUGAGUCCACACUUCCCAAACCAGUUCAGAAACCACCCAAAAGUAAUGUCAAUAAUAACCCAGGUAGUAUUACUCCAACUGUGGAACUGAAUGGGCUCGCUAUGAAAAGGGGAGAGCCUGCCAUCUACAGGCCGUUAGAUCCAAAGCCUAUCCCAAACCAUAGAGCUAAUUACAACUUUCGGGGCAUGUACAAUCAGAGAUAUCAUUGCCCUAUGCCCAAGAUCUUUUACGUUCAGCUGACUGUAGGAAACAAUGAAUUUUUUGGAGAAGGAAAAACUCGACAAGCUGCGAGACACAAUGCUGCGAUGAAAGCCCUUCAAGCUCUACAAAAUGAACCUAUUCCAGAAAAGUCUUCUCAGAAUGGUGAACCCGGAAAAGAAAUGGAUGAUGACAAAGAUGCGAAUAAAUCUGAGAUCAGUUUAGUGUUCGAAAUUGCUCUGAAGCGAAAUAUGCCUGUCAGUUUUGAGGUCAUUAAAGAAAGUGGGCCACCACAUAUGAAAAGCUUCGUUACUCGCGUGUCGGUGGGAGAGUUCUCUGCAGAAGGAGAGGGAAAUAGUAAAAAACUCUCCAAGAAACGUGCUGCUACAACCGUCCUGCAGGAACUUAGGAAGCUUCCACCUCUUCCUGUGGUUGAAAAGCCAAAACUGUUUUUUAAAAAACGCCCCAAAACAAUUGUAAAGGCUGGACCAGAGUAUGGUCAAGGAAUGAAUCCCAUUAGUCGCCUGGCUCAGAUUCAGCAAGCCAAAAAGGAAAAGGAGCCUGAUUAUGUUUUGCUGUCAGAAAGAGGAAUGCCUCGACGCCGGGAAUUUGUGAUGCAGGUCAAGGUAGGCAAUGAAGUUGCUACUGGGACAGGACCCAAUAAAAAGAUAGCCAAAAAAAAUGCCGCAGAAGCAAUGCUAUUACAGCUUGGUUAUAAAGCAUCUACCAGUCUUCAGGAUCAGGUAGACAAGACAGGGGAAAACAAAGGAUGGAGUGGUGGUCCAAAAACUGGGUUUCCUGAAACAACAAAUAACACUCCUAAAGGAAUUCUUCAUUUGUCUCCUGAUGUUUAUCAAGAGAUGGAAGCCAGCCGCCACAAAGUACUCUCUGGCACUACUCUAGGCUAUUUGUCACCCAAAGAUAUGAACCAACCCUCAAGCUCCUUCUUCAGUAUAGCUCCCGCAUCGAAUAGUUCAGCUACGAUGGCCAGGGACCUCCUUAUGAAUGGAACAUCUCCUGCAGCCGAAGCCAUAGGUUUAAAAGCAAGUUCUCCUACUCCCCCUUGUUCUCCAGUACAACCUUCAAAACAGCUGGAAUAUUUAGCAAGGAUUCAAGGCUUUCAGGUUCACUACUGUGAUAGACAAAAUGGCAAAGAAUGUGUGACCUGUCUGACACUAGCCCGUGUACAGAUGACUUUCCAUGCUGUUGGGAGCUCCAUUGAAGCCAGCCAUGACCAGGCAGCUUUAAAUGCCUUGCAACAAUUUUCUGAACAAGGACUGGAUCCAAUGGAAGGCACAAUGAAUACUGAAAAGGGUUCUCUUGAAAAACAAGCCCAGCAUCUGGGAGAGAACGUGGACACUAAACAGACACACCCGGGCUCCAUCGCUCAGGACUGCAAGAAAUCAAAGUCGGUCAUCUAGCAGCUCCCAGCACCCCCGACUGCCACCGCAUCCUUAUAAACCUGUCAGCACGCAUGAGGGUGUCUGUGUUCAAGGAAAUGAAUGACUAAUACCAUUAUUUGAGUCUUAUGUGAAGACAACACGAUUCUAACACAAGAGAUAAUAUACAUAGGACUGUUUAUUCAACUGGGGGAAAAUAAAACUCUGAGCUUUUUCCCUUGGAAUUUGAGAUCAGAUCAUAACUCACUGACCCAGAGGCAGCCGAAAUCUGAUCCUGCUACUGGAGCUUAAAAUAACAAUUAAUGAAAAGUGUUA